AUGUUCAAGCUGAGAAGGAACCUGGACCAGCUGGACUGCUUCCACCGACAGAAGGAGCACAACGUGCUGAAAGCCAGAGAGGAGCUCAAAGUUUGCCGUCUGCAUAUUUCUGAGCUGGAGAGGCAGAGAGCUCGAGUGGAAGAGGAGAUAGAGCAACAGAAAGAGGACGACAACAGUGCGGCCGUGUUUCGCCUCCGAGCCCAGCACAAGCGCCUGUGUCAGGAGUUACAGCAAGAGGAGGAGCUGGAGUCACAUGUGGCCACCACUCUGAGAGAACAUGAACUGGAAAUGUGUCAGGUGGAGGUGGAAAUGGGUGGUUUCUCCCUCCUCCGUGUGGAGGUGCAGGAGGAGGAGCAGGCCUACCAAGCGCUGCAGGCCCAGAGAGGGGAGGCCAGGCUGCAGAAGGAGUACACCUCCACCCAGAGCCUGCAGCUCCGGACACAGUGCCUCAAAGCGAGGCAGGCGGCCACACAGAAGGAAGAGGAGACUCACUGUCAGAGGACCGCAGAGCUGGCCCAGGCUAGCCGCCAGAAAGCAGCGCUGUAUCUUAAAGAGACUAUCAACAGGAUGCAUCGGGAAGAGGCAGAGAACGAGCAGCAGAGUCGAGGGCUGAGGCAGAAAAGGAUGCAGGCAGUCCUGUCAUUGAAGGCCAACAUUGCAUGCACCCAAGAGAGCCUGCGAGCCCAACAGACGAGGGCCAGAGCCCAGGCUCGGAGACAAGAGGAGGAGGAGAGACAGCUGAGAGAGUCCCUACAGACACAGGGUAUCAACAGCACCAAGUACAUGUACCAACAGAAAAAGCUCCAGGAAUUCCACCGAAAGAAAGAAGAAUUUCAGGAGAAGCAGAAAUCCAAACGGGUGGAAAUCGUCUCCAAGUUACUGCUGGAAGAGGAGUUGUUAGAGAGACGUAAGAGGCACCAUGCUCUGCUGUUCCCUCCCACCCAAGUCAGCCUUGUGGAGAGGUUGGCAGGGCAGGAGAGAUCUCCAGAGAAGCUCCUUCAGAGCCUUGAUCCACAGCCGGCAGAAACAAAGGAAGAGAAAAGAAAACGACAUCCACACAUCCUCUCACGUCCUUCCCAGCAGGACACAGUGUUUAGUGACAGCAGCUCUUCAUCAGAGCUGUCUGACCAGGAGGAGAGCAGGGACCUGGAGGAGGAGCAGGGCCUCACUGACAACCUGGCGCAGCCUGAGUUCACUGGCCUCUGGGACCAGACACGUCAAGUUCACCAGAGCACUCCAAAUGAAGAUGCUAAAUCAUUACAGUCGCGAGCAGAGAGACAGGAUAUGUCUUUGCUGCCGGUAGGGAAACCUCCAGUGGCUGGUAAAAGAGUUAUACAAGGGAAGGAAUUUAAAGGCUCACCUUUCAUCAGCAAACCAGAAAUCAUCCUCUUCAAGGAUUUUGAUGUGGGACAGAUGUACAAGAAGAAGGUCACCCUGACUAAUGUCAGCUACACAACCAAUUAUUGCAAGUUACUUGGUGUCACCAUGGAACUGAUGGAUUUCAUUUCUAUAAGCUUCGAGCCUCCUGGUCCAAUAUCAGCUGGGAUGGCCUGUGACAUGCAGGUCAUUUUUCAACCAAUGAUGAAUAAGGAUUUGAAGGGAGAGGUCCAGUUUGUGUCAGCAGCUGGCCCCUUCUCUGUGCCCAUCAGAUGUACCAUUAAGAAAUGUGAUCUGUCUGUGGACAUCGACCUUAUUGUCUUUGGUACCCACGUGGUGGGCCAGACCAUUUCCCGGGCUAUCACCCUGACCAACAGGGGGGCCCUGGGGACAUGCUUCACCCUGGUCUCCUCCCCCUGCCCUAGCCUAGCGCAGUCCCAGCUCCAACCCCAGGCUCAUGCCUUGUCUGAGGCCUCCUCCGCCAGCACCGAGCUUUCACAGGAAAGGAGCACUUCAAUAGCAGCAGCCUCUGACAGCCAGGAGAGCCCUGCAUCACGGGACUCAGGAGAACUCAAAUCAGAAAGGAAGAGUCAGGAACCCUUGCUAGUCUCAGACUCCAAACAGUCAGGGGCCCAGACACCUGCUGUGUCAGAGACCUUGGGGGGUGUGGAGGCUGCCUCAGGAAGACGCAGCCUGGCCUCAGAGCAGCACGAGGGAGGCCCGGCCCUCAAGGCCAGCACAGAAGAGCCCUCAGACAGCAGCAGUGACAUCACCAUUGGAGAGGUCAGAGAGGGGGAGGUGGGCCCGUUUGAAAGUGUCAAGUUGGAGAUUGUAUUCACACCCACCGUACCAGGGGAGGCUAAGUUGGACUUCUACAUCAAGUUCUCCGACCCAACCUGUGAACCAAUAUCCAUUGGGGUCCGAGGGACGGCUGUGUGCGUGCCCGUGUGGGUGGCCCAGCCAAGCAUUGUCCUGAAGAUCUGCAUGUUCGAUCGCCUCUAUCAAGACAGUAUCGUGGUCCAAAGCAGAGCGAGCACAGCUCUUCGGCUGACAUUCAAGGUGUGUCCGGAGCUGAGGAACCACAUGGAGAUCCUGCCUAAGACCGGCUACAUCCAGGCCAGGUCCAGCUUCAACGCUAAGCUUAAGUUUCUGCCCAGACGUUCCUUGUUCGAGGAUGCAAAAACGUUUUUUGACAACGAAACAGGAGUGCUGGAAGUCCCCUUGACAGUGCAAGUGGCUGAUCAGGUCCGGCCUGUUCCCUUCACGGUCCAUGCAGUCAUCACCUCCCCUGACCUGUGCUUUGACCGGACAGAGGUGGACUUUGGCCACUGCUCCAUCUAUGAAUCAGUGAAGACCAGCGUGCGCCUCACAAACUUAACCCUCCUGCCCCAGGACUUUGGCUUUCUGAGCAUACCUCAGUUUGUGGAGGUCCAGCCCAACGACGGCUUCGGCACUCUCCUCCCAUUGGAAACCUUGGAGGUGGAUUUGAUCUUUAGCGCCAAGAAGGCAGGAGAGUACAGCUUUCAGCUCAACUGCAAAUCCGGAAUUAACAGGUACUUCCCCCUGUCAUGUCGUGCAGUCGGAGUGCACCCUCCGCUAGAGCUGUCUCACUCUCUGGUCCAGUUCGGAGCCACGGUGGUCGGUGACUGUUCCACAGCCGUGCUGCACGUGGUCAACGCACACACCAGCCUCAACGAGUUCACACACCCCGUGCCCCGCAUUGGCCGGGACCCUGUUGCCCCGGUGGGCCCCCGGCUGUUCACCUUCACUCCCCCCGAAAACUCAGAGAUUAGCCUCACCCCCAGGACAGGCCGGGUCUUACCUGGACAGAGGUGCCUGGUGCAGGUGACAUUCAGGCCCAGGCUGUGUGACCAGGCCAUAAGGGAAGAGGCGGUGCGGCUGCUGUGUCGCUCCGAGGAGCUGCGCCUCCACGAGCUGGAGAGGGUUACCAAGGCCGAGGGGAACAGAAAGGGAGGGGAGCAGGAAGGGCUGUGUAAAAGGGAGGCCCCUACGGCCCCCCAGAAAGGCAAGAAGCCGCCCCCCGCCCGGCCCCAGGCGAAGCAGACCCUGAAAGAGAAGAUCAGCAAAGUGUCCAUCAGCCCCAAAACAGACAGCCCCUUCAGAGCCCCCAACCCAGCCGACAUACAGUCAGGAUCAGAGGAGUACGCUGCAGGCAGGGCCUCCCUCCUGCAUGCCUUCCCUGAGCACUACAGUCGAUACAUCAUCCCUUGCUUCGUGUCCGACGGAGAUCCACCCCAGAGUGACCCCCAUGCCCAGCCAUCCUGCAGCAGCCCCCUCAACACGCUGUACCUGGAGCUGCAUUGCCCAGCCGUUAGGCCCCCCCUGGUGGUCGCGUCCAGUAACGGUCAGACCACCAUCAACUACCACCAGGUGGCUGUGGGACAGAAAGUGGUCAAAAAGCUCACUGUUCAGAAUAUUUCUCAGGAAGCCUUGGAGCUGAGGUCCUCAGUGCUGGACCUGAGUGGUCCGUUCUCCCUCCUAAAUGCUCUGAGACGGCUGGGUCCUGGAGCCACACACACAUUGUUACUGGCCUUCACACCUGCACUGGGAAAAAGGUACCGCGAGAGUGUGGAGAUCCACAGCCCAAACAUGACCCUGGAGAUCACGCUGUGCGGGGUGGGAGUGGAUCCCCUUCUCACCUCCUCCCACCAGGGUGGCCUCAUGGACUUUGGCUACAUGUUGGAGAAGGAGAGAGCCUCCCAGGUCUUUAAGCUGCAGAACACAUCAUCUCUGGCGGUGCGCUUCUCUGUGCUACUGCAUAGCCUGUCGCUGGGGUGUAAAGCCCAGAGUGGAGCAGACUCUUUCCCUGCCCUCCUCAGCCCAGGCCCAGAGGAACAGACACACCCCACUGUGGGGACCCAGAACUACAGUGGUCGGAGUGUGUUCAAAGUGAUGCCCAUAGAGGGCACCAUCGCCCCAGGAAAGAGCCAGGACAUCACCGUGACCUUCCUGCCAGACCACGAGAGCCUCCACUACUCGGACAUACUGAAGGUGGAGCUCAUGAACAAGAGCACAGUGUGUGUCAUGGUGCUGAAGGGUGCAGCUCGCUCUCACAUCAUGUACCUGUGUGGAGGAGACCCGCUGGCAGUGCCCACUGAUGCCGUUCACCUUCUGCCAGCCUCCGGGGACUCUGAGCACACAGUAGACUGUGAGAAGCCCCCUCUCCCUGUGCUGCUCACCCUUAGAGGGGUCUACAGAGAGGGGGCCAUGAGCCCAGCGGUCAGAGAGCUGGAGGUGGGCUGCAUCUGCUCCACACAGCCUAUGGCAAAGAAGAACGUGGAGUUCAGCUGGGAGGGGCUUCAGGCGCUGCAACAGAGGGGCUUCACCGUGGAGCCGACCAGGGGCACGGUGGACGCCGGCCACAGACGCACCAUCACUGUGAUCUGGACUCCUCCUUGUGGCCUUAAGCCGAAUGAGGUGGUACAGGUGUGUGCGCCCCUCACCCUGAGAGGAGACGAGACAGAGCCUCCUGCUCAGGGACGAUACUGCAAGGUGGGGGAGGGCCGGGAGGCCAAGGAUGGGCCUGCCAGGCUGCAGAGGUGA